GGCACUGCGAGCUGAGCCGAACAGCGGCGUGCGGAGCCGAGCGGGCGGGCACCCAGACAGGCACGCACCCACCGUCAGCCCUCCCCCACCAGCCAUGAGCCAGCGCCGUGGACCCCCCCCGCGGGCCGACAUGCUGCCCGAGAUCGCCGCCGCCGUCGGUUUCGUCUCCGGGCUGCUGCGGACGCGGGGCUGCGUCAGCGAGCAGCAGCUGCAGGUCUUCAGCGGAGCGUUGCGGGAGGCGCUCGCAGAGCACUACAAACACCAUUGGUUUCCCGAGAAACCAUUCAAAGGCUCUGGGUACCGCUGCAUCCGGAUCAAUCACAAAAUGGACCCUAUUAUCAGCAAGGCAGCUAGCCAGAUCGGACUCAGCCUCCCGCAGCUCUACCAGCUCCUGCCCAGCGAGCUCACGCUCUGGGUGGACCCCUACGAGGUCUCAUACCGCAUUGGUGAGGACGGCUCUAUCUGUGUCUUGUAUGAAGCGACAGCAGCCAAGCCUGUGAGCUCCUAUGGGAUGCUUACCUGUAAGAACCAGAUGAUGAUAGGUCGCACCAGCCCUUCGAAGAACUACAUCAUGACUGUCUCCAGCUAAAUACUCCUCUUGUCCUUACACUGCCAAGACAUGGGCUACUGUAUACCUCACCUGAGGAUCUAUUUUUAAAAUGAAGAGCUAUUUAUGUUUUUUAAGAAAAUCCAAGAAAAUCAAAAUGAAAAUAUCAGGCACUGCUUCAGACAGAAGCAGUGUUUAGGUGCCUUUUUUUUAAAGCUGUUGCAAGCUUGAGGUUUUUAUUAUGAAGCCGAUAUCUACCUAAUUAGUGUUGGAUGGCAGUUUUGGUGAGCUGGCUCGCUCACUGGGCAGCUUGGAAUGGAGGAAGAGGGGGAGGAGGCCAGCUGGGAAGCGUGGCUGGUGACAGGACCUGAGUGUCACCUCCUCUCUGUCCUGGUACCCAACAGUGCUGCGGUGUCACCAAGCAUUGCGGCGCUGUUAGGGAAGGGAUGAGUGAGCUACUGCAUUUCCUUCACUAACUCAUGCCCAAGCUGGUCUGAUCUCUCUGGGGAUGGUGUUUGGUAAUCCCAAGGGCUGGGUGGUGCUGGGAUUCCUGCGCAGUGGAGGUCCCCAGUACUGUAAAUGCUGUGGUGGCACCCAGUGCUGUUUGUUCCUGGUGCUCUCCGGCACCUGGCUGUCACCACAGCUUGCUGCUCGCUGGGAGGGCUGCUCCAGGCCCUGAAACCAGCGCUGAGCUGCGAGGCCUUCCUGCUCCAUGGGGUUCAGACAUCAGCCUGUGCCCUGCAGUUGCGUCCCCUCUUGUGUGUAAAAGUUGCCUAAUCCAAUGCUGAUGUUGCUCUGUGUCACUUCUCUGGAAGAGCUGAAGCAACUUGCCUUGUGCCCUAGAGGUUGGCGUGUAAGUUCCCCUCUUGCCCUCUCUCUUUAAAUCUAAAAGUAUUGGGAGAUUCUUCCCCCGUGCUUGUGGCUGCCUGGGGUUGGGGUGCUUGGAUGCUUUGGUGUCCGCGUUGCUUUUAUAUUCACAUCUUUUCCUCCCUCUCUUCCUCUCCUGGGUGCUCAGCAUGUGGCUGUCUCAGCUGAGACCUCGAAGGGACAGUGUCUGGUUCUGGUUUCCUGGUACCUGUUUUGCACAACGCCUGGCCCUUCGCCUCUCAAAGCAGAGCUCCUCUCGUGCUCCCGGUGGUACUUUCUGUUCAGGGAGGUUUGCCUGAGUGGUGUUCAGGUGUUUGGCCCUCUGGCUUCUGCAGGUGGGGUGGGAACCAAAAGUGCUGCCCCCACACACUGCCUGCUGGGGAAUGAGCCUUCACCAGCAUGAGAUGUCCAUUGCCUUUCUUCUGAACCAGCUGGUGCUCUUCCAGUGAUCCCAGUAGAAGUGAUGGGGAAAUUCAGGGCAUUGAUGUGGUCUGUUCUAAUGAAACUUCCUCAGAUCUGUUUUGCGGAACACUUUUAUUUUAACCUUCCUCCUUCCUGAGCUAGCAGCUCACUGACAUCCUGGAGCUGCUCUUUCCCAGCCUUGGGUUCAAGUUCUCAGACAAUUGUGCAAUAUAUUUCAAAACCUCUGGGAGAGGAAGGAAGCCUCCUGUCUGCUGCAGUUCUUGGCUUGUUUCUCAGUACAUGAAAACAAGCAAGUGUAGCUCCCCAGCUCUUGACUACUACGUAUGUGGGAAAACUUACAGAUUCCUGUAGCAGUUUCAAAUGGUUUCCUGAACUGGAAAACCAGCAUUUUUACUGGCUGUCAAGUGGUGUUCCUUUGUCCAUGAGCAGUAUGAGGCGGUGGCUCUGGAGUUGCAUCACUUGAGUUCCUCACAGCCGCCAAGCAGAAGCUGAAGUGCAGGGACUUUUCCCCUGGUGCAAUAGGUGACAUCACCAAGAGGGGAGCACUUGGGAAUUUCCAAAAAGCAAGUUCCCCUUUCAAAGGAAAAAGGAUCAGUGCUCUGUGGAGUCCUUGCUUCAAAUGUGCUCGUGUGGGAUCUGCGGUGCGCUCAGGACAAAUGCUGUUUGCUUUGGCCCCUGUGGCUGGGUGUGGGGUUCCCUGGGCUGUAAUGUCUGCCUCCCUGUUACUGUUCCCUCCCUCUUAGCAGAAAAGAACUUCAGAGGAACAGCCCACCCCAAAGGAACGCACUGUCGUUGCACUUACUGUGCUCUGCUUCUAACACAAAGCAGCCACGUCCCAUCCCUCCUCCCUGGUGUGGAGGAGCCUCACGUUCAAGUGUCUUGUUAGCUUCAAGCCCAACCAAAUUCAGGUGUAACCCCUUCCUCUUGUAGCUGGUUCCUUGUAAAAGCUGUGAAUUACUGUGCUGUUGCCUUCUUGCCUACAAGCCUGAAUGGUGUGUUUCCAGAAAGGUGUUUGGGGGCCGGGGGGUUCCUCUCACUGUUUAAACAAGGCUGGACUGUUGACCGGGACCUGUUUUUUUUAUUGGUGGACAUGGUAAGCUACGCGUGGAGGAAGAAAUGAAUGGUUACUAAUUGUACAGUAGUGUUUUUAUAUUCAGAGUGUACAGAUCCUUAUGCUUUUGUUACUUUAAUAAAAAUGUAGCAGCA